AUGGUUAGUGGUAUUAGGUUGAGGUUUAGUAUUGAAGAGUUUGCUUUGAUUUCUGGUUUAGAUUGUGAAGGGGAGUGCAAUAAUUUUAAUUUCAAACAAGAGUCAAAUAGCUUUUUGGAUAAAUAUUGGCCAGGUUGUGAUAAGAUUUCUAAGCAAUCUAUUCGUGAGUGUUUUAGGGCUAAGAGGUGGGGUGAUGAUGAUGAAGUUGCUGUAAAGUUGGCUGUUCUGUAUUUUGUGCAGUGGUUUCUACUUAGUUCUAGGAAGGAAAAACAAGUUAUGCGUGAAGAUUUAGAUGCUGUUAAUAAUGGUUGUUAUAGUGAGUACGCAUGGGGUAAGAAAUCUUUUGAUGAAACCAUUAUGUCUCUGAAGGGUAAAUUAGAUAGUUGGUACAAUGCUGUACAAAAUUCAAAUGAGGAGAAGAAAGUUAAACCUUAUUAUACAUUGGUUGGUUGCCCACAUGUGUUUCAAGUUUGGUUUUGUGAGUGUUGUCGCUAUAUGGUUGGGAAGUACUGCAAAUUAGUUUCUGAAACUAUUCCGAGGAUUGCUAGGUGGAGUUGUUCUAGUACUCUUGAUCUGAGAUUGUUGAAGAUGAUGUUGAGAAAUCUGAAGCCAAAUGAUAAUGAGGUUGUUGUCUUCAAGUUGGGUGGAUUUUCUUUCAAUGCAGAUGUUGAUGAAGUUGGGGAAGCAAAAGUAGAUUAUGUGUCCAAUGUGGGUCUUGUUGGUGGUGAAAUCCCAACAACCCUCCCUGAUGGGUCCACUCAAUUUGAUUAUUUAAAUGCUAAGAUGGAUUCGUUGGUGUCUAAGCAUGAAGGAAUGGUUGCAGAGUUAUUGGAUUUGAAGGAGUAUGUGAAGUCUCAAUUUAUUGGUGUUACUGCUCUGUUGUCUGGUAUGCAUGAGAAGUUUGAUACUGUUUUUGUGGAUGCAUUUGAUAAGGUUGAAGAGAAUGAUUCUGAUGAUGAUGAUGAUAAAGGGAGUGACGACAAUCGUGAGAAGACUAAUGAAAAUGAAGAAGAGGUUAAUGAGGAAGAAGAAGUGGAUGCUGGAAAGGAUGAAGGCGAGGACAAGGGGGAAGAAGGAAAUUCUGGUGUAGAAAUUAAAAGAAAGCAAAAUGAGAUUAGUGAAGAAGAUGAUGAUGAGGUUGACAGUGAGGACACUGAGAGUGAGACAGAACAGAAGGUGGCAGAUAUUGUAGCAACUGUAUCUGAUGUUGUGAAACCUAUGAAGGAGCGUGAACUUGAUGCUUAUAAUGAAUCUUUGGAUUUUGGAGAUGAUGUAGUUGUUUUUUCUAAGGAGGACAUAACUGAAAACGAUGUUGUUGUGUCUAAGGAUGUUAUUGAUGAAAAAUAUAUUGUUUCGGGCAAGGCUGCCAGUGAAAAAGAUUUUGAUGCGUUUUUCAAUGGAUUAAGUCAGCUCCAAAUUGAAGAAACAGUGUUGUCUAGAUUAGAGGCUGUUUCAAAAAUGAAGAUUCCUACUAGUUCCUUUGCAGUUGUUGAAAGCAUGAUCAUUGGUGAUCAAUUAGGUCAGGAGGGACUUGGUGUUGUAUCAGCGCAAGAGUCUAAUGCUGUUAUUUUUGGUAGUGUUGUUGAGGUUAAGGAUAGUAAUAUUUUAGAGAAGAGAAUUAUGAAGCCUGCAGUGGCUUUGAAAUCUCCAUUCCAGCAAGAUUUUCUAUCUUUUGGUUCUGGUGAAGAAGGUGAAAUAUUUCAGAUGGUGUCUUAUGUAGAAGGGUUGUUUCCACUAGAUGACAACAUUGGAGAGGUCCCUAAUGAGGAGCAUGAGAAGGAUUUUGAUUUUUGGAAAACUAAUGUUUAUUUGAAGGGUAAGAAUAUAUUUAAGUCUGCCUUUGACUUUGGAGUUGAUAUAGUGAAUGAUAAACUGUGGUUCCACACACUUUCUUAUUGUGGAGAAUGUCUAACAGACUCGCAUAAUGAUGUCAUAUUCUAUUACUUAAGGAAGAAGGGGAAAUAUUCAGCUUCUCCAAAGGUGAACUUCACUACAACAGAUUGUUUUUUUAGUAAUAACAUAUCUUCUCUUUAUGAGAAAUUUUUGCAAAAGAAUCGGGAUGCAUCGGUUCUUAACCUUAGGCAUUCAGUUGCUCAGUUUAUAAAAGUUGCAUCUAUGGCAGCUAUGGAGCCAUAUUCUGUCUUGCUGCCAAUGUUUUUUGGGUUGCUGAAUUUUUACAAUAUUAGAAAGGACCCUAGUGCAAUUUCUAUUGAUUCCAAGGCUCAUUUUUUUGUUGUUAGUGUUGAUGGAUUGCCUCAACAAGAGGACAAUGAUUGUGGUAUUUUUGUUGCAUCCUUUGUUGAGUAUUUUGUUGAUUGCAAGAAAAUUCCAUCAAGUGACUUUUCAGUUGAAGAUCAUCGUUCUAGAUUGGUUGUUCUUCUUUAUUCUUAUGGAAAAAUGAAGCAAAUAGAGAACGUUGCUAGUCAACCUGAACUUCAAAAGAAGUCUCCUAAAAAAGUUAGUAAAAAGUUGGAAGAAAAUGCAAAAAGUUGUGUUUGA